GGAGGACCACACACGCAUCUGCAUGAGCGGCUUGAACGCUGAACCAUCUUCUCAGUCGAUAAAGUUUAGGGAUGUGAAGGGAAGGCAGAGUGUAACCGGAGCUACACACUUAUUUCCUUUCCUGUUUCUAAGCAGAAAUCUGACUUCUCUCAGUUCGGUGGCAUGAGAAGAAGCUUGAUUUUCGGCUGAAAGAGCGAAAGAAAGGAAAGGAGCAGUUGAUCACGUACAAUUUUGUUGUUGCAAGACCUGCUAUGAAUUCAGCAGGAGACAGAGUGCACUUCUCUAGGAAGUCUCGAGCUCCUGAUCCUUCACAGGUGUGUGAAGACAUGAAAACGGAGACUUCAGAUGGAGGGACAUCCACAGUUUCAGAAGUCUGUGUGAUGAAGGAGGAGAUACUGGAGCUGAACAUCUACAACCAUAGAGAUGACCUCAGCAACCCACCUGAACUUCUCUCCAUUAAAAAAGAUGAUCCUGACAAAGACUACCUCUAUUGUGAAGUUUGCAAAGCCUCCUUCUUCAAUAAGUGUGAGGUUCAUGGACCACCCUUUUUCAUCCUUGAUACUCCUGUUCCCAUGGGAGUUCCUGACCGAGCCAGACAAACUCUUCCUCCUGGACUAGAGAUUCGGGAGUCCAGUAUUCCUGACAUAGGCCUGGGAGUGUUUAAUAAAGGGGAGACUGUUCCAGUAGGUGCACUCUUUGGACCCUAUGACGGAGAACUGGUAGGCAGAGAGGAAGCCAUGAACAGCGUAUACUCUUGGGUGGUGGGAUUGACAUUCUUGCACCUGCAGCAAAUUCUCCUGGGUUAUGUGAUUCAGUGCAUGGAGUUUUGCUCUCAGAUAUGCAAGACCAGGCAGUGUAAAGAAUACAUAGAUGCCAAAAGGGAGAUAUAUGCGAAUUGGAUGAGGUAUGUGAAUUGUGCCUGUAAAAUUGAAGAACAGAAUCUUGUGGCCUUUCAGUAUCGAGGGGGAAUUCUGUAUCGUUGCUGUAGUCCCAUUAACCCAGGGCAGGAGCUCUUGGUGUGGUAUGAAGAGAGAUAUGCCAAAGAAAUUGGUCCUGCCUUUGAUGAUCUCUGGAACAAAAAGUGCUCAAUGAAUGAUGUAAACAACUCUCUGUUGCAAGUCUUUUCCUGCUCAGUAUGUCCACUUUCCUAUGCAUCUCAAAUUGACCUCCACAAACACAUCCAAAGAUGCCACGAUGAGGUGUAUGUGAGACUCCAGGAAUCAGGAGAGAUUAAAUAUGAGCUGCUGAUCCCUUCCAAAAGUUCCAGUAGUCAGCCAACAUCAUCUGAUACUCUCAGUUCUGACACUUCUCAGAAUGCCAUAUGGAAAGAAAUUUACCACUGUUCAGACUGUGAAAAGAGUUUUGAUAAUCAGAAUACCCUCAAAACACAUCAGUGCAGUCACGCAGGAGAAAAGCAACAUCAAUGCUCACUGUAUGGAAAGAGUUUCUAUCAGCAGAGUGACCUCCAAAAACACCAGCACAUGCACACAGGUGAGAAGCCAUAUCAUUGUUCACAGUGUGGGAAGAGUUUUGCUCAACAGGGUCAUCUCAAAAAACACCAGCGUGCUCACACAGGAGAGAAACCAUAUCACUGCUCACAGUGUGGAAAGAGUUUUACUCGUCACUGUCAUCUCCAACGACACCAGCGUGUUCACACAGGAGAGAAACCAUAUCACUGCUUACAGUGUGGAAAGAGCUUUACUCAACUUGGUGUUCUCCAAAAACACCAGCGCAUUCACACAGGAGAGAAACCAUAUCAUUGCUCACAGUGUGGAAAGAAUUUUAAUCAGCUGUGUGAUCUCCAACGACACCAACGCAUUCACACAGGAGAGAAGCCAUAUCGCUGCCUACAGUGUGGAAAGCGUUUUAUUCGACGGAGUCAUCUCCAAAAACACCAGUACAUUCACACAGGAGAGAAGCCAUAUCGCUGCUCCAUGUGUGGAAAGAGUUUUAAUCAGCAGAGUUAUCUCCAACGACACCAGCGUGUUCACACAGGAGAGAAGCCAUAUCACUGCUCACUGUGUGGAAAGAGUUAUAAUCAGCUGAGUGAUCUCCACCGACACCAGCGCGUUCACACAGGAGAGAAGCCGUAUCACUGCUCAAAGUGUGGGAAGAGUUUUACUCGAUAUAAUCAUCUCCAACAACACCAGCACCUUCACACAGGAGAGAAGCCAUAUCACUGCUCACAGUGUGGUAAGAGUUUUAUUCGACAGAGUCAUCUCCAACAACACCAGCGCAUUCACACAGGAGAGAAACCUCAUCACUGCUCACAGUGUGGAAAGAGUUUUAAUCAGCGGAGUGAUCUCCGCCGACACCAACGCAUUCACACAGGAGAGAAGGUGUAUCACUGCUCAUAGUGUGGGGAAAGUUUUACUCAACGUAGUAAUCUCUGAAAACACCAGCACAUUCCAGAGAUGGGUACGCGACUUGGACUUGAGUUGCACUUCAGUUGCACAUGCAGUGACUUGAGACUUGACUUCAGACUUGUCCUCAAAAGGCUUGAGACUCAAAUCAGUCUUAAUUUGGGAGUCCUGAACAAUCUUUAUUUUUUUAUUUUUUGAUGCAUAAACAUUAAGGAAAUGUCUGGUGAGCUGAAUGUCUUUCCUUCCAUUACUGUAAUGCACAACUUGAUGCAUGCAUACAGCUACAGGUAACCAACAACACUGUGACCAUGGCAGCAAACACACCUGUACCGAUUGUGAUAAGAUUUGGCUCUAUUGCCUUCAUUCAAAAUGCAAACAAAUGGAUGGCCACAUGCAAGGUGUGUGGCGUGAAAAUGUAGUAUGCUGGAUCAAACAUGUCAGAUUUUAUAAAGCACCUCAAAACACACCCAGAUAGCUCAGUCAGUCACUUAUUAAUGUGAAAGAUAAGUUCGGAGUCAUGCCGAUGGACAGUUAGCAAACAUUUAUUAGUAAUGUUGGCUACAAGCAAGUUAUCCUACAGGUUUGUUGUUGACCACAUAACGCUACAGAUUUAUUAGGAUGUCAUUACACUGGGUUUGAGAGGUUAAAGUUAUGUGUUAAUUAGCAGUGGAUUAUAAACUGCCCUUAGUUGGAGACCCAGUGAAGUUAUACAGUAUGGUUGUAGCCACCUCUUAAAUAUUAUUGGAAAAAUACGUUACAGCUAUUGGCCUAUUGCUUGCUUAAUAAUGUUAGCAAUAUUUUCCUGUUACCUUGAGUAACUUUAGUCUAUAUACAUUUGUAGCUGCUCUCUUUCCGUUCUGGAAGAAAAAGAUUGAUCAAGCCUGCAAUAUUUACUUCAAACCAGUUCUUUUCUCAGAACUCUGUGGCUCCAGAUGGAUUUCAUACACAGAAAAUGUUAGCAAAAUCAUCCCGAAGUUAGUACUAUAACAACCAAAUUGAUUUUACAUGUUCAUUUACAGGUUUACUGAUUUCAAGAAAGAGAGAGAAAAAAAAGCUGGCCAGUGCAGAGAGACAAAGCAGCAUUGAUUCUUGAGUCAGGCAAGAGGUGUGCAGGUACAACCCCAAUUCCAAAAAAAUUGAGACACUGUGUAAAUCAUAAGUAAAAACAAUGUGAAGAUUUGGAAAUCCUAUAUUUAAUUGAAAAUAGUACAAAGACAACAUAUCAACUGUUGAAACUGAGAAAUUUUGGUUUUUUAAAAAAAUAUAUGCUCAUUUUGAAUUUGAUGUCAGGAACAUGUUUCAAAAAAGUUGGGACAGGGGCAUGUUUACCACUGUGUUGCAUCAUCUUUACUUUUAACAACACACUGUAAACAUUUGGGAACUGAGGAGACCAACUGUUGUAGUUUUGAAAGAGAAAUGUUGUCCCAUUCUUGCCUGAUAUACAAUUUCAGUUGCUCAACAGUUCCGGUCUCCUUUGUCAUAUUUUGCACUUCAUAGUGUGCCACAUGUUUUAAAUGGGAGACAGGUCUGGACUGCAGACAGGCUAGUUUAGCACCAGAACUCUUACUAUGGAGCCAUGCAGUUUUAGUAUGUGCAGAAAGCAGUUUGGCAUUGUCUUGCUGAAAGAAGGAAGGCCUUCCCUGAAACAGACUUUGUCUGGAUGGCAGCAUGUUGCUCUGAAACAUGUAUAAUAUCAUUCAGCAUUAAUGAUGCCUUCCCAGAUGUACAAGCUACUCAUGUCCUGUGCACUAAUGCACCCUCAUACGCUUUUGAACUGUGUACUGAUAAGCCAGAUGGUCCCUCUCCUCUUUAGCCUGGAGGAUGUGGUGUCCAUGAUUUCUAAAAAGAAUUUCUACUUUUGAUUCGUCAGACCUUGGGACACUUUUCCACUUUGCCUCAGUCCAUCAUAAAAGUGCUCAGGCCUAGAGAAGGUGGCGAUGUUUCUUGAUAUUGUUAUAUAUGGUUUUAACUUGCAUUUGUGGAUGCAGUAAUGAACUGUCUUCACAGAAGAUGGGUUUCUGAAGUGUUCCUGAGCCCAUACAGCGAUUUCCAGUACAGACACGUGUCUGCUUUUAAUGCAGUUUCACCUGAGGGCCUGAAGAUCACAGGCAUCCAAUGUCAGUUUUCAGCCUUGUCUCUUGCAUACAGAGAUUUCUCCAGAUUCUCUGAAUCUUUUAAUAUUAUAUACCAUAGAUCAUGUGAUCCCCAAAUUCUUUGCAGUUUUACAUUGAGGAAUGUUAUUCUUAAAUUGUUGCGCUAUUUGCCCACGCAGUCUUUCACAGAGCAGAGAACCCCUUCCUGUCUUUACUUCUGAGAGAGACACCCUCUCUGUGAUGUUCUUAUACAUAGUCAUGUUACUGACCUGUUGCCAAGUCACCAAAUUAGGGUUUUUUUUUAGCAUUACACAACUUUUUCAGUCUUCUGUUGCCCCAUCCCAACUUUUCUGCAACAUGUUGUUGACAUCAAAUUCAAAAUGAGCAUAUAUUUUUCAUAAAACAAUGACAUUUCUCAGUUUCAACAUGUCUUUGUACUAUUUUCAAUGAAAUAUAGGGUUUCCAUGAUUUUUUGCAAAUCUUCAUAUUCUGUUUGUAUUUAUAUUUUACACAAUGUCCCAACUUUUUUUGGGAUUGUAUAUAACCAGGGCCAUCCCAGACAGAAGGCCAUUACUGAAUCCAUAAUACAGGACCUCAUCAUUUUUAUGCAACCUGCCUCUGUCUUUGACAAGCCUAGUUUCAAGAAUUACAUUGUGGAAGAGAGAUACUGCCCAAUAAUUUGAUGCACCAUAACCAGAUGUCUGAGUGAGCUAGCAGCAGAGAAUGAGUCCAGGAUAAAAUCUAAACUACAAAAGACAGAUACUGUGUCUGACUGUGGAUAUUUGGAUUGACGGGAGCACAUGUAGCUUUUUAGGGGUAACCGCCCACUUUAUGGAAAUGGAGAAAAACAGCCCAAGGCUGCAGAAGCUGCUUUUAAGUUGCAAACUAUUUACAAGGUCACACACUAGAGAAAGAAUAACUGAGAAAUUUGAGGAAAUUUGUGACAACUUCAACAGGGGUGAUAGCGUUCCGGCGCGCC